AGUCACAUGACACGUUUCCUGUCAAGAUGGCGGAUAAUCUCCCUUCGGACUUUGAUGUGAUCGUAAUAGGGACGGGUCUGCCUGAAUCCAUCAUUGCAGCUGCAUGUUCAAGGAGUGGCCAGAGGGUUCUGCAUGUUGAUUCAAGAAGCUACUAUGGAGGAAACUGGGCCAGUUUCAGCUUUUCAGGACUGUUGUCCUGGCUAAAGGAAUACCAGGAAAAUAGUGAUGUUGUGACUGAAAAUUCAAUGUGGCAAGAACAGAUACUUGAAAACGAAGAAGCUAUUCUUCUUAGUAGCAAGGACAAAACAAUUCAACAUGUAGAAGUAUUUUGUUAUGCCAGUCAGGAUUUGCACAAAGAUGUUGAAGAAGCUGGUGCACUGCAGAAAAAUCCUGCUUCAGUGAUGUCCGCACAGGCCACAGAGGCCGCAGAGGCUGCAGAGGCCGCAGAGGCUGCAGAGGCCACAGAGGCUGCAGAGGCCGCUUGCCUUCCUACUGCAGAGGAGUCCUUAAGCACGAGGAGCUGUGAACUACCUGCAGAACAAAGUCAGUGCACGGGGCCAGAGAGUUCACCACAAGUAAAUGAUGCUGAAGUAGGAGAGAAAGAAACUCAGAGUGAUGCAAAAAGUUCAACAGAACAAUCAAGUGAAAUUUUGCCUAAAGUACAAGACAACACAGAGACACCAAAGAGAAAUGUAAUUACUUACUCACAGAUUAUUAAAGAAGGCCGAAGAUUUAACAUUGAUUUAGUAUCAAAACUUCUCUAUUCUCGGGGAUUACUAAUUGAUCUUCUAAUCAAAUCAAAUGUUAGUCGGUAUGCAGAGUUUAAAAACAUUACGAGGAUUCUUGCAUUUCGAGAAGGAACUGUGGAACAGGUCCCCUGUUCCAGAGCAGAUGUCUUCAAUAGCAAACAACUUACUAUGGUAGAAAAGCGAAUGCUUAUGAAAUUUCUUACAUUUUGUGUGGAAUAUGAAGACCAUCCCGAUGAGUACAAAGCAUACGAGGAAACUACAUUUUCUGAAUACUUAAAAACUCAAAAAUUAACCCCCAACCUACAAUAUUUUGUCCUGCACUCAAUUGCAAUGACAUCAGAGACAACAAGCAGUACUGUAGAUGGUCUCAAAGCUACUAAAAAGUUUCUUCAGUGUCUUGGGCGGUAUGGCAACACUCCAUUUCUGUUUCCUUUAUAUGGCCAAGGAGAACUUCCACAGUGUUUUUGCAGAAUGUGUGCUGUGUUUGGUGGAAUCUAUUGUCUUCGCCAUUCAGUACAGUGCCUUGUAGUGGACAAAGAAUCCAGAAAAUGUAAAGCAAUUGUAGAUCAGUUUGGUCAAAGGAUAAUCUCUAAACAUUUCGUUAUUGAAGACAGUUACCUUUCUGAGAAUACAUGUUCCGGUGUACAGUACAGGCAAAUUUCCAGGGCAGUCCUGAUUACAGAUGGAUCAGUACUAAAACCCGAUUCUGAUCAACAGGUCUCCAUUUUGACAGUGCCAGCAGAAGAGUCAGGAAGUUUUGCUGUUCGAGUCAUUGAGUUAUGCUCUUCAACAAUGACAUGCAUGAAAGGCACAUAAAAUGACCAUCAAGAGUGAUAACCGUAUGGACUUAAAGAACUUGACAUUAACCUUAAUAGUGAUUUUUACAGUGCUUAAUAUUUGCCCAGUACCCUAGGGAGAAGUGGGUUUCCCUUCUGUGUCUCACUUUCUCUAGGUAGGUGCGAGUUCAAGUUUCCAGACCGUAGCAAAAUUGCGCCACAGCUUGGAAGCAAGUGUUCAGUACACAGAACUGUGGCACAUACUUCAUGUCCAAACUAUAACAUGUGAUUCAGUUUACCAUGUGGAGCAUUUAUUUUUAAAUCUCUGUGAUGUAUAAAUGUUUUACAUGAUUGUGACAUGUGACUUUUUUUUUCUUUAUCAUAGUUCAACAAAUAUAGAUCAGAGAGAACUGUGACAUUUGUCUUUCUGAGCCUGGGUUACCUCAAUUCAGUGUGACCUUUUCUGGUUCUAUCCAUUUCCCUGCAGAGUUUAUGAUUUCCUUUUUCUUUUCAACUGAAUAGUAUUUCAUAGUUCAUAUGAAACACAUUUUUAUUGUCAGUUAAAGAACAUUUAGGUAUUGUUUUCAUCUCAUGAAGUAGACCUCAAAUCCAAUCAAAAGGCGGUUGCUCGCUCCCAUAACAUUUGGGCCACAAUAACAUCAGUAUAUAUUGCAGUCUAGUCUCUAUUCUAGGUCACAGGGGGCCACAGGGUGUAUAGAUGGAUGAUACUAAUAUUAGUUCUCUCCUCCAGUACUCUACAGACGACCUACUUCUUAGCACCAUGAACGUUCAUCAGUUGGGGUGCAGCUUCUAGUUGGGCACCAAAUCUCAGUGUUCAAUGGCACAGGUGUUGUCUUCAGAAAUAGGACUUUACCAUCAGGUUGUGGAGAACAACCAGUAACCAUGGCAGUAAGCUUUGAUGUUUGGUGGGAGCAUCUGUGGAACCUCUUUGGCCAAUGAUUCAGUAAGCUGUAACUUAUUCCUGUCACUUGGAGCUUUUACUUGGUAGCGUAAAAUGUCUAGCUGGGAUGCUGUCUCCUCCAUUAUCUUAGCAAGCCUCUACAUUAAUAAAUUUCCUUGUGCUUUUUCAAAAGGCCUUUAGUAUUAGCUGCUGUCCCUUCCCAUAUUCCCUCCUUUACCGUGAUCUCCCAUCCCCUUCUCUUUCCCCUUCUAGAGAAGUUUCCCAUUUAAUGUUCCACAGCACUGUUUUUUCCUCUUUGGUAGAUUUCCUCUUCUCCCCUUCUCCCUUAGGAGUUACGUAACUACUCUGAUUAUUUUGUCUUGUGCCUUUAUGCCUUUGUGUAUAUGAUUCCUUUCAACUAGAAUGACCUUGAUAAUUAUUUAAAUCCUUCAUCCUUCAGAUUGUAACUCAGAUCGUACUGUGUUUCUUUUAGUGGCUCAUUCCUGCAGUGACACAUUUGUACCAUUGUUUAGAUAGAGCCCUGCAUUUCUCUAUAGAUUAGCAAUUUCAUAUUAUUUACUGUUUAUUCCACAUUAGUGAUUAUAAUAAUAAAUGAUAUAUACUAAGUACCAGAUAUAUGCUUGUAUCAUGAUUGACUAUAUUUUUUUUUACAAUUUAUAUCAAUUCUAAGAUAGAUACAGCCCCAUGUACAUUCUAUAGUUUUAGCUAGACAAACGGAGCAUCAAAAACAAAAUAGUCUUAAGGGUGACAGACAGAAUAAGCAGGAUUUGAACUUAGAAUUUGCACAACAUUUUAAAUCUACACUUUAAUCACUGUGCUAUACUGCUUCUCAAAGAAAUUCUAACAUGACUAUAGAUGGGAUGUUUUUCUUCAAAAUGGAAAGAACAGAAUUAUGGCUUACUAUCUAUAUAUUCCUUAAGCAUGUAAUACUCAUGCUUAGCCCCAUUAAAAAUGAAAAUAAACAUAGUUACACUUUUAUAAAAAUGUAACAGCAUGUGAUAAAGGGUUUGUUACUCAGCUUUAUUAAAUUGUUCUAAUGCAGUAAGCAGGUAUCAUUCUUGUUUUAAAAAUGACAAUCUCUACAGUUUGUAAGGAGUGUACCCAUUAGGUUUAGCAAAUGAAAAAUGAAAAAUUGUAAAGAACCGUGUCUUCAUAAGUAAUGAAGCUGAAAAAUAUUGAAACUGGAAAAUGUAUUUAAGUAAGCUGUUUUGGUCUCAUAUACCUGACCUUCUGGGGGUGGGUUUCUCUCUUGACUCCAUAGGAAAUGUAAAGAGAACACUAGUAUUAUAAAAAGAACUUUGGUUCAAGCUUCUACAGAAUUAACUCCAUUUAGUUCCUUCGGAUUGGUUCCAUUUUUUAGCUUACUGUGUCUUGUUUCUUCACUCGAAGAUUCUGCUAUUUAAUUUUGUUUGUGGAUGUGUAUGUGUGGUAAUAGGAAUGGGUAUUUAAAACAAUUGAGCUACAUCCUAGCAAUAUCCCCUACUCAGCCUGGGAAUUAGCCUAAAUGAUAUUUAGAGAGAUGGAGCUGCACAAGCCUCCAGAAGCCCCGAGUCACGCAGGCACUUUUGUUUUGUAAUAUAUGACAGGAUUUUUGUUUUGUUUUAUGUUUUUGGUGUUUUGUUUUGUUUUGUUUUUUUCGAGACAGGGUUUCUCUGUAUAGCCCUGGCUGUAUUUUUUAAGAAGACUGGUGGCCAGGGUCAUUUGGCUUCUGAAUCCCUUGCUGCCUUACUUGUUUCUACCUUAUACAAUUUUCUCUGUGGUUUUUACUAUAGCUUGAUGACUUUAUAUCAAUUUAAUACUGAGAAUGUAGACAACCUGGCUGUUUUUCUCUUGCUCCUAGCCUGAAAGACGUAAGCUUGAGCUCAUUACUUAUGCUUUGCCUUGUACCAGAGAAAAAGAGAAGUUUUUGAUCACUUUAAAUCUUUUCAUUCAUUAUGCAGUAUGUAUUAUAUUUAAAGGUAAUAGAGUUAAUAGCUUGACAUACUAUAUAACAAGACAAGAAAGAUACUGAGAUAGAAACUGAUAUAUUUAUCAUUUACUUACUAUUACUUAACUGAUAUUUGGCUUCUGAUUUUUCUUCUUUUCUUAUGCUUUUAGCCUGUUCACAGACAUUUAGGAGCAAUUUAUAGCUCAGAUAUUAAAAGGUCUUUAAUGGCUUAUUUCCUGUUGCUCCCUUACUUAAGAGUCAUUGAUGCAUUGAUGUUCUAUAUAGUUUCAAAUUGUAUAUAGUUUCAAGUUGUUCUGUUCUUCAUCAGUCUUCUAAAAUAGAAUUAGUCUGAGUAUAUCACAGAAAGCUUCCAUGUGUCUGAUUCUCAUUCUCUCUCUCUUUCUCUCUCUCUCUCUCUCUCUCUCUCUCUCUCUCUCUCUCUCUCUCUCACAUCUAUUUCAAGUCAGGGGAAAACACAGGCAAAUAUACUGUGCUUUUAUUUUACAUAUGCAAACCUGCUUCUGCCUCAUUUAUUUUUCUCAUUUGAAGCUUCCCAAUGAUAAGCAUAUUACUUCAUUCUGAAUGUCCACCAUCACUGUCUUCCAAACUACUGCCCAGUGUCUUCUGAAGGUUUUCUCUUUCUUCCUAAACCUCUGAAUAAAGCACAUCAUGGACACAAUAGAACGUGUUCUCAAAAUUAACAUAAUUAUUUCUUCAGUCUAAUUCAGAAACAUUUUCAUUCUUUCUCUUGUCAAGAAAAUGCUAAAUAGAACUAUGUUAUGUGUUAAGAGCUCACAUUUUGGAUUCUCUUUUCUGGAUUUCCCAUAUUCUAAUUAUGGUAAACUGUGAAUGAUAUUCCAGUUUGCUUGUAAUAUAUAGCUAUCAAAAACUAAAAUAGUACCCCAAAAUAAUUCUAUACAUGCAAACUUGAUGUAUUUUCAGGCAUUUAACUAUAAAGGAAUUUUGAAAUGACUUGUUUUUCCUGUGCACGAUUAGUAGAAAAGCACAUUUCUAGAUGAUAAUAAUCUAUACCCACACACUUACACACACACACACACACAUACACACACACACAGCCAGAUAAAUGGAACAAAGCACCUGUACUUGCCCUGAAACCAGACUGUAAUGACGGAAUCCUGAGUGAAACUCAUCAUUCUUCUUAUUGGAAGAAUCACUUGACAAAUGUUGGCAAGCACUGUAACUAAUGUAGUUAUACCAGAGGAAAUCAGAUGUAAUCCAUAUAUAUUCCAGUGAGGCUGGACUGUAUCCGUUCCUCAGAGGAAACAAAAUGAGAUUUAUAGAAAGUAAAUUCUGUGAACUUUGGUGACUUAAGUUAUGGUUGUUAAAGAAAUGCAUUUUAAAUAUUCCAGAGUUUACCCAAGAGCCAAUCAAGUUGUAUGUAAGAUGCACUUAAUACAAAAUGAUGACUUUUAUUGUAAAGAUGGGCAAAGAUUUAAGUGUUGAAAGAUUUUGAGAUAAAAUCUGUUUGUUCUUCUAACAUAUGCGUUAUACAAACUUACUGCUUUCAGAAAAAAAGCCGUUAACUCUUUAUUAAAGAUCUUUUUAUACUUUAAUGGUAGUCUUUACCUUUCAAAUUUUUGAAAAUAAUUAUAUAAGAACAAAAUAUGAUAUUAUGAUCUAUAUACAUUGUAAAAUCUAUAGUUGAAAUGAUUAACAUAUCCAUCACUGCAUAUACAUAUAUACAUAUAUAUAUAUAUACACACACACACAUACAUACAUACACAUACACACACUUUGAAAAAUCUAUUGUUCAUGCAGUACAGUCAGUAAAUUUUGUAAUGUAGUGCCCCAAAUGUAAACUAAUCAUUAAGCCUGUUGCUCCUGUCCAACCAAAACUCUUCACACUUGGAUGAUUGUGUCUUUCUCCUCUUCUACCCUUGGUUAUGACUUUUAUUUUGUGUUCCCAUAAUGCUGACUUUUAAAAGUUGUGUGUGUGUGUGUGUGUGUAUGUUUGUAUGUGUAGUUGAGAAGAGAAUAUAUAUAUAUAUAUAUAUAUAACUAACCAUUAAUCUUUAUUUGUUUUACAUGUAUUGAAAUACCAUUGUACCUCACAAAUAUAUAAAAUUAUCAUGUAUUAAUCACAUACACAAAGCCAUGCUGAAGGAGAUGGAAAUGCCAGUUAUCUUGGUUUGGUCAUUAUGCAUUGCAUGCAUGUUUUAUUGAAUUACUGUACUAUUAUUCCACAUAUAUAUGUAAAAUUAAAGUAACUUUUAUAAAA